AUGAGGACCUUGGGGCUGAUCCUGGGGCUGGCCCUGCUCUGCUUGCUGCCCGCAGAGGCUGAGGAGCUUGGGGCUGUGGGGCUGGACGAGAGCAAGAUUGCAGGGAAAUGGUACAUCGUUGCUCUGGCCUCUGACUCUGAGAGAUUCCUCCAAAGGAAGGACCAGCUGAAGAUGGGGAUGACCACUGUCACGGUCCUGGGAGAUGGCGACCUGAAGGUCUCCUUUGCAGUUCUCACCCCGGAGGGAUGCAUGAAAUCAGAGUGGCUCUACAAGCAAACGGGCAUCCCAGGGGAAUACUACAGUUCUGAAAGAGGCAAUAAAACCAUGAAGGUGGUGGAUACCGAUGGCAAGACGUACGCGGUCAUUUUUGCCUCCAGGGUGAAGGACGGGAAGACCUUGUACAUGCUGAGGCUCUACAGCAGAACCCAGGAGGUGAGCCCCAAAAUCACAGCGCUGUUCAAGAAGUUUGCGAGGGAGAAGAGCUUCACUGACAGGAUGAUCAAGAUGCUGCCCAGCCAGGAGGAAUGCAGCCUCGACGAGUAG